UACCUGUGUUUGUUGUUGUCCACUCUAUAUUUCUCCAUCUUCAAUCUCUCUCUCUCUCUCUCUAGGGUUUCAGAUUCUCUUGGUUUCUGGAAAGAGAGAGAAAGUAGACACCUGUUGCUGUUUGGUAUAUGCAACGUCGGAUUCGGAUCCACCACCACCACCACAACCCUUGUCGUCCGAGCCUGAUCGCCGCUGUCCCAUCCGAUCGGCCGGAUCUUCACCAUUCCGUUCCCGGAGCUGAAGCUCGGCGAUUCCUCGCGCGCGAGAUCUGCCGUAAUUUGUGUUGGUUUCAUUCGGGAAGUAUCCAUCGAAAGGCCUGGCUCGGGUGAUUUAGAUGAUAUGCACCAACUGCAUAAGGAGUGUCAUUGUUCAAGCUGCGCACGUAGGAAUUUUUACCUGUGGAGGGCUUCCAUCAGGCAGUUUCGUGAGAGCUGUACAUUCUGGUUUAGCUUUGAAUCGUCCGUGGAACUGCAAAGUUAGAACAAGCGUCAAGAUGAUGGUUGACACAGGAGCAAUGGAAAAUCGAGAACCAGUUGUAGAUAUGAUGGUGGGGAAAGAGGAUGAUGGUGGAAUUGCUAGUGGAGGAUGGAAGAGUGAAGAUGGAAAACUGAGCUGUGGAUACUCCAGUUUCCGUGGAAAGAGAGUUACCAUGGAGGACUUUUAUGAUAUUAAAACUUCCAAGAUUGAUGGCAAAACAAUCUGCAUGUUUGGAAUAUUCGAUGGUCAUGGUGGUUCUCGCGCUGCUGAGUAUCUGAAGGAGCACCUGUUUGAUAAUCUUAUGAAGCACCCACUAUUUAUGACAGAUACAAAACUAGCAAUAAGUGAAACAUAUCAGCAGACUGAUGUGGAGUUUUUGGAAUCUGAAAGAGAUACUUUUCGGGAUGAUGGUUCCACUGCCUCGACAGCCGUGCUGGUGGGUAACCAUCUGUAUGUGGCGAAUGUGGGAGACUCUCGGACUGUAAUAUCAAAAGCUGGCAAAGCUAUUCCUCUUUCUGAAGAUCAUAAACCAAAUAGAAGUGAUGAAAGAAAGCGAAUUGAAAAUGCUGGAGGUGUUGUUAUGUGGGCAGGCACCUGGCGGGUAGGAGGUGUUUUAGCUAUGUCUCGUGCUUUUGGGAAUCGGAUGUUGAAGCAAUUUGUUGUUGCAGAGCCUGAGAUUCAGGAUCAAGAGAUAGAUGAGGAAUUUGAAUUGCUUGUGCUAGCAAGCGAUGGACUGUGGGAUGUGGUCCCUAAUGAGGAUGCUGUUUCACUUGCACGGGGAGAAGAAGAGCCAGAAGCAGCAGCCAGGAAAUUGACAGAGGCUGCUUUUACUCGGGGAAGUGCAGACAACAUCACGUGUAUCGUGGUAAAGUUUAAUCAUAACCAAAUUGGAUCAACCAUUUCGGAGGACCAGCGCCAAAACUCUGAUUAGGGAAAUCUCAAGUCGACGUUGCAUGUGUAGAUUUUGUAUAAGAUGUAAGUAAUUGAAUGUCGUGAUCUGCGCAUGCAUGCUGAGCCGAUUGUGCUCGACAAGGAGGCGGCGAUUUGUUCAUUCAUUGUUUGUGUUCCUUGUUCCCUCGUAAUGCCACUCAUUGCUCGCUCAGGAGCAUUGUUGUCUUUGAAAGGUGUGGUUGGUUCAUUAGUGCUUAUUCCGGUUUUCCU